AUGCCCCAGAGAAUGCCCCACAGAAUGCCCCAAACACGCUGGUUCGCCUCUCAAACAGCAAGCACGGGAGUCAACAGUUGGUCUUCACGGACACACACUUGUGGAGAGCUGCGAUCAUCUCACACGGGAGAGAAAGUUACUCUGUGUGGGUGGGUCCAGUACAAAAGACAUGGCCUCUUUAUAAUCCUGCGAGACUUUGGAGGGUUGACUCAAAUCCUAAUCCCACAACAAGAAUCAAUGCAUCGUGUAAAAGAGUGUUUGAGUGAUGUCCCAGUGGAGUCUGUUAUCAAAGUGGUUGGAACUGUUCAACAAAGACCUCCGGGACAAGAAAACAAGGACAUGGUCACUGGACAAAUUGAAGUUUCAGCUGAGAGUGUAGAAAUCUUAAACACGUGUAAGAAGCUGCCGUUUGAAAUUAAAGACUUUGUGAAGAAAUCUGAGUCUUUGCGGAUGCAGUACCGGUACUUGGACUUGAGGUCGUCUCAGAUGCAGAGGAACCUCAGGCUGCGCUCGGAGCUGGUGAUGAAGAUGAGAGAAUAUUUGUGUAACCUGCACGGAUUUGUUGAUGUGGAGACGCCGACUCUGUUUAAAAGAACUCCUGGGGGGGCCAAAGAGUUCCUAGUUCCAUCGCGGGAUCCCGGCAGGUUCUACUCUUUGCCUCAGAGUCCUCAGCAGUUCAAGCAGCUGCUGAUGGUGGCUGGGGUCGACAGGUAUUUUCAGAUAGCCCGUUGUUACAGAGAUGAAGGCUCUAAACCAGACAGACAGCCAGAGUUCACACAGGUAGAUAUAGAAAUGUCCUUUGUGGACCAGUGUGGGAUCAUGGCUCUGGUCGAGGGCCUGUUACAACACUCCUGGCCCAAAGAAAACGGCAUUGUUGAGGUUCCAUUUAAAAGGAUGACUUAUGAAGAAGCCAUGCGGGACUAUGGUGUGGACAAACCUGAUACAAGGUUUGACAUGAAGCUGAUGGACGUCAGUGAAGUCUUCUAUUCUACAAACGUUGGGUUUCUACAGUCGGCUUUGAGCGAGUCCAGAGGGACUAUUCAAACCAUUUGUGUCCCUAAUGGAGGAACACUUUUUACCAGGAAAGAUAUGGAUCUAUUGAAACAGAAGGCUGCUCAGUUUAAUCAGGAGGUGACGACUUUUCAGAUCAAAGCAGAUGGAUCUAUAAAGUCUCCACUGAAGAAGUUGUUGUCUGUUUCUACUGUUGAAGAAUUGAUAAAAAAGACCAAAGCUAAAGCUGGAGAUCUUCUGCUGAUCGCGGCGGGGUCCGUCCAGACUGUGCGCCCUCUGCUGGGAAGUCUGCGACUACAGUGUGCCGACCUCCUUGAGUCUCAUGCUGUUGCUCUACGGGACCCCUCAGUUUUUCACUUCCUGUGGGUGUUGGACUUCCCACUGUUUCUGCCUAAAGACGAGUGCCCCGAGGAGCUGGAGGCAGCACAUCAUCCCUUCACUGCACCUCACCCUGAAGAUACUGACUACAUGUACACUGAGCCAUGCAGGGUUCGUGGGCAGCAUUAUGACUUGGUGCUGAAUGGAAGUGAGAUCGGAGGAGGCUCCAUUAGAAUUCACCGAGCUGCUGAGCAGCUACAUGUCUUGAAAAACAUCCUCAAGGAGGACCCCAGUCUUUUGACCCAUUUACUUGAAGCACUUAACUCAGGAGCGCCACCUCAUGGAGGCAUUGCUUUAGGUCUGGAUCGUCUUGUCGCAAUCAUAGUUGGUGCGUCCAGUAUUCGUGACGUCAUCGCUUUCCCCAAAUCCUUCAGGGGUCAUGACCUGAUGAGCCAAGCACCAGACUGUGUGUCAGAAGAAGAACUGGACUCAUAUCACAUCUCCGUCAAGUGGCCAAAAGAGAAAAAGACUGUUUUACCAGCAGAAGAAACACUCUAG